ACUGCACGAGCUGUGUGUGUGUGUGUGCGUGUGUGUGUGUGUGUGUGUGUGUGUGUGGUUUGCUUAAAACACUUUCCCGAUUCGCUAACUCUGUCUGUGACAUGGCAGGAGGAAAGGCUGGCAAAGACAGUGGCAAAGCCAAGGCUAAGGCAGUGUCCCGGUCUCAGAGGGCUGGUCUUCAGUUCCCUGUAGGUCGUAUCCACAGACACUUAAAAACACGGACUACUAGCCAUGGACGUGUCGGUGCCACAGCCGCGGUGUACAGCGCAGCCAUCCUGGAGUACCUCACUGCUGAGGUGUUGGAGUUGGCCGGUAAUGCCUCAAAGGACUUGAAGGUGAAACGCAUCACACCCAGGCAUUUACAGCUGGCCAUUCGUGGUGAUGAAGAGUUGGAUUCGCUUAUCAAAGCCACAAUUGCUGGUGGAGGUGUGAUUCCUCACAUUCACAAAUCCCUGAUUGGAAAGAAGGGCCAACAGAAAACAGCAUAGAAAGCAGUUUUUUCAGUCAGUAUGGAGCGAGUAGUUGUUUGUUGUUUUAUCCUUUUGUUUAGUAUUUUGUAAGCAUAGAAUUAACAGAAAAAAUAGACCAUAUUUUGAUGUACUGUUCUUGGAGUGGGAGGGAAAUAUUGGAAUAGUUAAUCCUUUUUGAAUGGGUUAACGAAAGGCACGUGAGGGCGUUCUCGGUGUAUAUCUGUAUGUGUCCUACAUCUGUUUUAUACAUAAAGACUUUUAUUAAA